AUGCGUAAUAACGCUGCUGAGAAAUUACUUAGCACUGCCCGAAUGGAGUCUCUCUCCAUCACAGAGAAUGACUUUGCGGAGUAUAUGGACCGCAAUGAUCCCCUGCAGGAACACCGUCAUUCUUAUUAUAUUCCCAAACAACGUGAUGGAUCGGAUUAUGUGUAUAUAUGCAGUAAUGCCCUUGGCCUGCAGCACCGGGAUGUAGAGUCUGGUGUUGGUGGGGCUUUAAAGAAAUGGCGGGAGUUGGGUGUGUUGGGGGAAUACAGACAUCCAAAUCCUUGGGUGGAGUUGGAUAGUUUGGGUAGAAAAGAAAUGGCUUCUAUUGUGGGAGCACAGGAGAGUGAGGUGGUUUCCAUGAAUUCCCAAGGUGUGAAUUUACAUCUUAUGUUAAUGGCUUUUUAUAAACCAAAGGGGAAACGACGAAAGAUUGUGGUGGAGAAUCACUCAUUCCCAAGUAAUACACACGCCCUCACUUCACAAUUAGAAGCUCGUGGAAUGAAUGUUGCGGAAGAUCUUCUUUUUGUUGGGGCACCUGGACAUGAAAUGUGGGAAAGUACGCCUGUUCCUAUUCCAACAGAACAGUUUAUUUCCAUACUUGAGAAACGUGGAGAGGAGAUUGCGGUUCUUUUGGUAAGUGCUGUACAUUUCAUUACGGGACAACUUGUGGAUAUUCCCGCAUUAGUGCGGGCAGCGCAUGCACGUGGUGUUAUUAUUGGUGUGGAUUGUGCUCAUGCUGCUGGAAAUGUACCAUUACGUUUACAUGAAUGGGAUGUGGAUUUUGCCUAUUGGUCUACCUGUAUGUAUUUAAACAGUGGACCUGGUAAUCUUGGUGGGGCCUUUGUGCACAGUAAACACACACUUGCGGGUAAUGAACUGAAGGGAUUGCGUGGAUGGUGGGGCCACGACCGGCGACUGCGGAAGAGUUUACACCGCACAUUUGAGCCGGCGGAGGGGGCGGCGGGAUUUCAAAUUAGUAACGUGCCCGUCCUUGGCAUGAUGGCACUAUUGCCGAGUCUGCGGCUAAUGGCGGCUAUUGGCAUGGGACCAUUGCGGGAGAAGUCUAUGUUGUUAACGGCGUAUUUGGAAUUAUUACUGGGGGAAUUACUCCCACCGGCUGUGGUGGAGGUCAUCACCCCAGUGGAUCCCAAUCAACGCGGGGCACAACUCUCCAUUCGUAUUCUUCCACACAAAUUAGCAUCGGGAAUAACGGCACAGGAGUCUUAUGAUUGUGGAGCGGUGGGGGAUAGUGAUGCGGAGAUUAUGGAACGACAAUUGGCGGAUAAAGGUGUACUGGUGAAUCACCAACCACCGGAUAUGUUGUUACUGGCACCAGUGCCAUUGUAUAACUCUUUUAUGGAUGUACUCCUCACCGUACGUGCCAUUGCGGAGUGUUUUUAA